AUGAUUCUAAUUACUGCAAUCCCAGACGACGCUGAAAAUCGAGUAUCUGAGAAAAAUUGGCGGCAAGGUCAAUUGUUGGGAGACGCAGGUCUUUCAGAGGCAAGUACAUUCUACGAAUGGCGUCAUGGCAAUUCCAACAAGCUCGACUCACCCGCAUUGGAGGACAAGGUUCAAGUUUUCCUCGCUCAUUCAUUAGAAGCCGAUAAUCGCAUUGCAGCGAAGUACCAAGAAGUCACAAAGGUACAAGCGACGUUGGGAAGUAAGAGUGUCAAAUUCAAUGGUUUGGCCUUAGAUGAUAUGGGUGAUCUUGGCCUAGUCGAAAGCAACGGCUCUAAAGAAGUCGAUCUUGGUGAAAGAUGUGAAGUCGAGUUCGAUGACGAGGUUGAAGAUAAUCAAACCAAUAGAAAAAAGAAAUCCGCAUCGUUUUCAACACGUGGAGAUGGGAAAGAUGUUAGAGUGGCCAAUCUGAAAGAGAAUACUAUGACUUCUGAGCUCACAAAGUCAUCUAAGCUUACAAAUACCAGAGAUAUUCCAUACGUGCACCAUAUACGUUGUCUAUUGAAUUUUCUUCUUCAUUCUCAUGCUGCAAAACGCGAACUCAUGUUUGGUGACCAGACCAGUAGAGGAAUACUGAACACGAAUCAUUGGAAUGGCCGGUCGCGAAAGUCUUGA